AUGAAUGUUCAAGUUGAAAAUUCAAAGAUAGAAGCUAUAAUUUAAUGGUCAAAAGAAUUGUUUAGUUUAGAAGGACAAGUUAAACGAUUUACUGCAGGUUGAGAGCAAUUAUAAAUUAGAAAUGAAUGAAGUCGUAUCAUUAUGUACCAAAGAGAAAUAUGAAUUAAAUUUUGUUUAAAAUACUAAAUCAAAAAGAUGGAUAGAAUUGGAUGUAAUAAAUGAUUAUUAACAUAUAUAUAUAUAGAUUGGAAUCAAAUAAAAAGUAGAAGUUUAUGCAAAUAAUGAAUUAUAAAAUAUAGAUUUGAUUGUUUUUACAAUAUAAAUUGGUGCUUAAUAUCCAGUAAAGGAUGUUAGAAUAGUUUGUAAAACUACUGUAAUUUUUUAUUAUUAAUUUAAGUUUGUUAGACCUACUUUGGCAGAUGGAAGAAACUUGAUAGCUGAUGUAUUAUUGUAACCAUGGAAUUACAAAUUAUCUUUAGUUUCCAUAAUUAAAUAGAUUCCAUAAUUUUUAGUAUUCCACUUAAUAAUAUGAUUUAUAGGAUAGGGUAUUAUUGAAUAGAUUUGAUAAAAUUUAUCUUUAAAAUAUUGGUCAAUAUUAUUUAGGUAGUUCAUAUUCAAUAGAUGAAUUAAAGGAUUAUCCAGAUUUAGCCAGAUUUCCAACAAUUUAAUAAUAGAAUGCUUUUUUCUAAAAUAUUUAAGUGAGGUUAGAAAUAUUAAUAAAUAAUUAGAUUAAUUGGAUUAAGUGAUGCUCAUUUUUAUUUAUUUGAAAUGAUAGAUGGAAAGGAUGAUUAUGUAAGAUUGAUAUUCAGAGCUCCACUUUAGAGUUGUGUAUAAUUAAAAAGAAAGAAAGAUAAUAGCACAUAAUUAUCAAUAAGUUGGAAGAAUUAUAAAAAUAAAUAAGAAGAAUAAUAAACAUUUACUAUAAAUGAAUAUGAUAAAUUUAUUAGAUUAUUUUUAAGAAGAUUGAAUUAAUAUCAACAUGUUAGAAUGACAUCUAAUUCUUAUAUGGUAUUUGGUGAUUAAUAAUUGGCUGAGAAAUAGAAAAUCAAUUCAAUUAUGAAAAAUCUAAAUUAAUUAGAAAAUGAAAUUGAUAAGAAAUUUAAUCAAUAGACAAUUAAUAAACUUAUGGAUUUAUAUCAAUAAGUAAUAGUUGAUAUGAAACUAGGCAAUUGAAUUUUAUUCAUCUGCAAGUGAUUACUUGUAUGAGAUCUAUUUGAAUAAAUUACAGACAUUGAUACAGAGAUAAGAUGUAUAAGUUAUUUUAUAAUAUAAAUGAUAAUUUUAUUUUAACUACCUAAUUUAAGAUGUUUACAGGUGAAAACAUUCAAUUUCUGUAGUAAUUACAUUAAUUGAAAGAAAUAUCCAAAAUAGGAGAGGGUAGUUUUGGCAAAGUCUAUAAAGCAAUGGAUUUAACAGACAAAUCUAUUUGUGCAGUAAAGGUAAUUUCAACAACCAUUAAGAGGUUAUAUCCAAAAUAGUUUACAAUAAUACUACUCCUGAAUAGGAAAUCUAUUUAUAAUUGAAUCAUCCAAAUAUUGUGAGAUGCAAAAGAGUAUGAGUAAAAAAUAUUUAUUAAGAUUUCAGAAAACAAAAAAUACUAUUAUAUAAUUAUGGAAUAUAUGGAAGGUGGUACAUUAUCAUAGAAAAUGAAAGAGAAACAAUUAAAUGAAUAAGAAGCAGCAAUUAUUAUGAAAUCAAUUUUGGAUGGAGUAAACUACUUACAUGAUAAAUCAAUUAUUCAUAGAGACUUAAAACCAGAGAACAUAAUGUUGACAGGAACAAAUGUGAAAAUAGCUGAUUUUGGAUUGAGUUUUCGAUUCUCAUCUAGUGAAGGCAAUUUUCAUAAAUUAUUAAAUAAAAAAUGUGGAACUAUUAUUUAUAUGGCACCAGAACAAUUUACAGAAAAAUAUGUAGAUUACUUAUUCUAACAUUUAUUUAGUAUAGCAAAUAAGUCGAUGCCUGGAGUUGUGGAAUUAUACUCUAUAUGUUAUUAAAUGGAGGAGUACAUCCCUUUUAUAAUAAGGAUGACACUAAAUAUGAUUUCAUUAAGAAGAUCCUCAAUCCUUCAAUUGAUAUCCCAUUAAAUAUCUCACCUUUAGCUAAAGAUCUAUUCUUUAAAUUAAUUAAUGUCAAUCCUAUUGACAGAUAUAAUGUAAGUUAAGCUUUGAUGCAUCCAUGGAUUACUAGGAAAUUUCAUGAAAAGAUUCCUUUAACUUAUNUAAACUUAUGGAUUUAUAUCAAUAAGUAAUAGUUGAUAUGA